AUGGAGAAAGGCGCGCAGCUGCUCUCCAAGUGCGCGGAGAGUCCGGCGGAGGACAUCUCCAACAUGUCCGACGAGGAGCUGCUGAAGUGGGGCAAAGAGGAGCUGGUGCGGCGGCUGCGGAGGGCGGAGGCGGGGCAGAGGAGCGCCAUCGUGGAGCACGGCAAUCUGAUGCGGGAGGUGAACCGGAGACUCCAGCAGCACCUGAACGAGAUCCGGAGUUUAAAGGACGUGAACCAGAAACUGCAGGAGGACAACCAGGAGCUGCGGGACCUGUGCUGCUUCCUGGACGACGACCGGCAGAAGGGGAAGCGGGUGUCGCGGGAGUGGCAGCGCCUGGGCCGCUACAGCGCCGGCCUGAUGAGGAAGGAGGUGUCCGUAUACCUGCUGAAGCUGAAGGAGCUGGAGCAGCGGCAGGCGGAGGUCGUCCAGGAAAACCUGGAGCUCAAGGAGGUGUGCCUCAUGCUGGAGGAGGAGAGGGCUGCGUCCGUGGUUGGUGGAGGGCCCGGAGGCCCCGGACGUAGGAGCUCCAUUGACAGUCAGAGCAGCCUUUCUCAGCUGGGUGGGGGUGUCCUAGCACCUGGACUGCUGCGGGACGUUGGUGAUGGGAGCAGCACCUCCAGUGCAGGGAGCACCGAUAGCCCAGACAACCCCCACCUGAAACCCCCUCCGCUGGGCUCCAAGCACACCCACAAACCGGAAGACGGGUGCGAAUCCACGGGCAGGAGGCACAGCUCCACCCCAGAAUACCACACCUUUCCCCAGUCGUCCCGCCCCCGCGGGGGCUCCCUCACCAACCUGGACCCUCUUGGGCCUCAGGGACGUAGCCCGGAGAAGCACAGCAAGUCCGCCACCAGGCUACCGUGCAAGUCCCACGCCAAACCCUGCAGCUCUGACCUGCUAGCCCACAAACAACUAUUGAUGUCAGGGCAGGCGUCACCGGGCGGCGCGAAGAGUUCGGCCAAGUCCAGCCCGGAGCUGAGUCAGAGACACCGGUCGGUCAAUGUGGCAGGGGCAGGCUGCGGGGGUCCCGAGGCCAAGCUGGCAGCGAUGGGGACACCCGAGCACCUGAGGAAAGGGCGGGUGAUCGUGGGUAGUCCGGAGUCUAUACGGCACCACCACCACUAUCAGCACAGCCCAGGGCCGGAGCACAGCAAGGGGAGGUGUGGCAGUGGCUCCCCCAGUCGGCACGGGGGUCAGAGGAGGACACUGGGAGAGGAGAUGGCCCCCCACCACCAGAGUCUCUACAACGCUCUGAUAUCUGCUGGUUGCUGCACCAACUCCUGUAGGAGUGUAAAGCUUUGGGACAGCUUUGAUGCCUCCUGA